AUGACGCUAAGCCUCUUAGAAGACUGGUGUAGGGGGAUGGAUGUAAACCCGCGGAAAACGCUGUUGAUUGCCGACAUCCCCCAGACCUGUAGGGCAGAAAUUGAGGAGGCUCUGCGAUCUGGUUUUGCUCCCUUGAGCGAGUACCGACUGCUCGGGAGGAUGUUCCAGAGGGAAGAGAACAGGAAUGCAACCUUAAUAGGAUUAACUGAGAAGACGAGUCAUGCUCUGGUCCCUAAAGAGAUACCCGGAAGCGGGGGUGCCUGGAGAGUGAUCUUUAAGACCCCUGACCCAGACAAUGAAUUUUUAAGCAGGUUACAUGAAUUCCUAGAGGGAGAGGGCGUGACAUUGGGUGAGUUUACCAGAGUUCUUGGGUAUGGAAACGACCUUUUUGACCUAGAUCAGGACAUGAUCCCAGAAGUGCGGGCCCCUGUGUUGUCACAGGCAUUAGAUGAGGCUCUUCAGCCUGACCUGCAACACCUGGAAUACAAAAAGCUGAGAGUAUUCUCAGGCAGUGAUCCUCCAGAGCCAGAAGAAGAAGAGUUUGAAUCCUGGCUGUUUCAUGCCACUCAAAUGAUGAAGACAUGGCAGGUGUCAGAUGCCGAAAAAAGAAGGCGAUUGCUAGAGAGCCUUAGAGGCCCGGCAUCUGAUAUCAUUCGCGUCCUCAAGAUAAACAGUCCUUUAAUUACAGUCCCUGAAUGCCUGCAUGCUCUGGAGCAGGUAUUUGGGGUUACCGAUAAUCCUAGGGUGUUGCAGGUCAAAUAUCUGACCACUUACCAGAAGGAUGAAAAAAAAUUGUCUGCGUAUGUACUAAGGCUGGAGCCUUCACUACAGAAACUGGUAGAGAGAGGAGCAGUUGAGCAAGAAGUUGUGAAUCAGGCCCGCCUGGAGCAAGCCAUUGCUGGAGCACCGCGCAGGAAGUUUGCUCUGUCAGAGGAUGGCUCAGCCCCUGGCUUAUUGCAGUUACUGACACUAAUAAAGGAUGAAGAGGCAGCUGAGGAGGAGGCGGCCCUCCUCCAGGCAGGAUUAGAGGGGCAUUUCACCUGGAUCUUGGGAAAUCAGGAAAGGCUCUAUGGCAGUGAGCAGAGCAUAAGGUAGAACAGUCUGUAUGCUCAGUGACAGACAUUAACCAAUCCCUGUCUUGUGUUGCCAAGUAACUCAUUUUUGUGCAGUUCUCAGUAUAAUCCUUUGUCAUUUCUGUGCCCAUUUAAUGUCUCCUAAAUGUGUCAUUGACUAGAAGGAUGUAGUUCUGCACUGGUAUUUAUAUAUUUAAAUUCACCCUGUGAAUUUUUUUUAUCACACACAGUUGUACAAAGAGUCUCAUCAUUACGCACAUGUGAUACUCUGAGAGGACAGCCAAGGCUCAGGUGCACAUGGUGAUCCGAUCUCGUUCAGAUGUCAGCUUGUAUGAUAAUAGGUGCAAGUGUAGCUGUCAGAUGUGAUAAUGUGUCAUAGAUAGUUUUGGGCUGUGUACGGCCCUACAUUAAUCAUGAAGAUCGUGAGCAGUGGUUAAGAGGUCAUUUUCUGUGUGAAUCGGAAUUUUAUUGAUUCUAUGCCAUCAAAACAAGAGACAGAAUUAAAUGCUGCAGUUGGUCAGUUUGCAGCUUCUACCUCUAACCCCAGAUUUCUGAUGUGUGUCUCAAAGCAUCUAGUUCUGAAUAUCAUUUUAAUAGGUUACAAAAUUAUAGAUGUGAACUUAUAAAAUAAAGAAGUGUGAAUAAAAUGACCUUUUUACCCAGUUUGUUUGUAUCAAGUUUCCAAGGGAGAUUUCACUUGAACAAAGGGUUCCAAAAGCAUGAAUCUGAAAACCACUGAAUUGCACAGUCUUAGUCCCUUGGACACUUUCCUCCUGGAGCCCAGGUGGGUAGGGAGUAGUUUUCUAAGUGAGAGUGCUGGCAGGACCUUCUCCUGAAGUACAAUAGAAUGAAAUGAGACUGUGUAAAUUAGUGCAAGUAGCAGGUUCAAAGGCAUCAGGGCGUUGAAUCUGGAGGGUGAAAAGAAAGACAGGAACAUUGCAUACCUCUGCACGGCAGACUGGACUAAAUGUUCCAUGUGCUUCCUCACUUAAUCCUCUUAAAAAUCCUGCAAUAUAAAAACAGCUAGUUUCAGAAUUCUGUCAUCUGCCUUACUGCAAGGUCAAUGUUCUUUCCAUUGCUAAGAAAGAGAAGCAGUCCUAAGGUGUCUGGACCCAGCCUCACAAGGGAAGCAGGGCAGAUUGUUAACAACAUUUAAUAAAUGAACUAUUAGUAUGCGUUAGUGUGGACUACAUCUUAAUCACUACUGCAAACUGGACACUAAGAAGUGGGGAGUAUGAGAACCUGUAAGACCCACAGGCAGCAGGGAGGGUGGACAUGGGUUAGUGAUUUGGUCUCUUAAAAAAAAAAAAAGAAUGAAAGCAUGAAGAAAAAAUGAAA